AUGGCGGCCUUAGAGACGUGCAGCACUGUGGAAGCUCUCCAGCCGGAGUCUCCAAAACCCGAAUCCUGCGUCAGCCAAAACAGGAAGGAGGAAGAUGAUGAGGAUGAGGAAGAUGAAGGGACUUCAGGGUCUUCAGAGCAUCAGAAUCAGGAGCCGUUGGAUCCGGAAUGGGUGGAGGAGAGAUUCCGCAUCGACCGGAAGAAACUGGAGCUCAUGCUGUAUGGUCCUGCAGAAGGUUCUGGACUGACCGGAGAAGAGUUCUUUGAGAAGGUGAUGAGAGAAACAGACACGCAGGUGAAAUGGCCGUCCAAGCUGAAGAUCGGCGCCAAGUCAAAGAAAGACCCUCAUGUUAAAGUGGAGGGUAAGAGAGCACAUGUUCUCGAGGCCAAGCGGAAGAUUCUGGAGCUUCUGGAGACUAAGGUGAAUAAAGUGACGCUGAAGAUGGACGUCACUCACACCGAACACUCUCACGUGAUUGGUAAAGGGGGCGGGAACAUUAAGAAGGUCAUGGAGGACACUUCCUGUCACAUUCACUUCCCAGACUCCAACCGGAACAUCGCAGCAGGAGAAAAGAGCAACCAGGUGUCAAUCGCCGGGCCGGUGCAAGGGGUGGAGUCUGCUCGGAGACAGAUCAGGGACCUGCAGCCCCUAGUGUUGACCUUUGACCUCCCGGUGACCCUUGUGGGAGGUGUAGAGGCAGAUACGGGGUCGCCGGUGAUCCAGCAUGUUGCUCAGGCGUUUGGAGUGACUGUGAGCUUCAGAACUCAACCCAAACUCUACUGCAGCACCUGUACUGUGAGAGGAGUUCAGAGGAACAGCGCUGCCGUGAAGAAGGCGACCUGUGUCCUGAUGGAGCUGCUCCUGGGCUCGGAGGCAGCCGCGGUUGCCGGUGUAACAGGGGUCGUGGUGUGCACACAGUUGGACGUGACCUCUCAGCAGCACUUGUUUCUGCUGGGUCAGAACGGAGUGAACUUCCUCACAGUGAUGCAUCAAACACACACACAGAUAAUCCUGCCCGACCUCAGCGCGCCACAACACACACCGUCACUGCUCAUACAGGGCACGGCCGAAGGAGUGUGUCUCGCUCGGCAGCAGCUCAUGGACUGCUUGCCCGUCUGUCUGAUGUUUGAUUUGAAGGAGGAGGGCGAGACAGAUCCUCGCAAACUCGCUCAGAUGAUGCAGAGUCUGGGCGUUUUCAUCAGCAUCAAACCAAAGGCCAAACAGACAACAAAGUCAGUGGUGGUGAAAGGUUUGGAGAAGAACGUCGCCAAUCUGUACGAGGCCAGACGUCUGCUGCUCGGACUGGACUCCAGUGAGGUGUCCAUGAUGACCAAGCCCUCUCUGGACCCUCUGGUGUCUUAUAAUGGAAUGACAGACUACUGGCUGAACGUACUAAUGCAGCAACUACGCCUCGCUGAGACAGCCACUUUGCCUUCUCCAGAUAUUGCGAUUGGCUCUCUCUCUGGGAAACCACGCCCCUAUCCCCCUCCUGGAUUGGCUGUUUCCACAGAGGACGGACGGAUCGGACUCAAAGGGGCGGAGUCUAAAUUAGAGAAGAUUCCAGAGAAUGAAGAUCAUCAGACGCAAGCCAAAACAGAGGACUGUGUCUCGCCACAUCUGGAGAUGACAGAGGUCCGAGAGGUCGUUGUCAAGCCAACUGCCUCCUCUAGGAGAGGCAGCCAAUCAGAGACCCCUAGAGAGCCAAACCAGGAGUCACGGCAACUGUUCUCAUCCGAGAGGUCAGUGCGAGUGGAGGUGGAUGGUGUUUAUUUGAACAGAGACAGACGUUGCAGUCUGAGAAUAUUCCCCUGUGUGGACAGAAACAACGAGGAUCAUGAAUACGAGAGAAAGAAACUUCUGGCAACUCAAGCCAUGCAGCAGAAGCCAGUGGUGACGGAGGUUCGGACUCCCACUGAUACCUGGAGUGGUUUGGGUUUCUCUAAAUCGAUGCCCACUGAAGCCGUGAAAGAGCUGAGAGCUGUGAGCCGACGCUGCUAUAGACCCUACAACAACCAGCAGCAGUCGUGGAUUUCUCCGAGUGUAAAGGAUCGCGGUUGGAACGGCAGCGACUCUGAGAACUGGAGAGAAAGACGAGGAUCUUUUCCUUCAUCGAUAAACGCCUCCUCUUCAUCAUCCUCCUCCUCAUUUCCUGCUUACAAUUCAGCUACAUCACGAACAAUGGAAAGCUAUCUGAUCUGCGGUAACAGCUCUGAGGGCGUGUCUUCAGCGUCAAGACAGUUGAUUGGCAGGUCACCAAGUCCCGCCCACACAGAUGAUCUUGUGGAGUUACUGGCACAGUUGGGUCUGGAGAAAUACAGCGAAAUAUUCCAGGAACAGGAGAUCGACUAUCAGACCUUCUUGACACUCUCAGACGAGGAUCUGAAGGAAGUGGGCGUGAGCACCUUUGGAGCACGCCGGAAGAUGAUUCUCGCCAUCUCAGAUUUGAGUAAAAAGAGGAAAUUUCCAGAAGCCCCCACUGUGAAGUCGGGAUACCUGGAGGGCGGAGCCAGUGGCCGUCUGCCGCGGAUCAUGGACGAGGACGUGGCUGCCAAAAGUAACCGCUGGUGACUUGCAAAGACUAUGAUUCCCACAAUGCACCUGGGGCCAGUUUGUGCUUCCUGUCAUGUGGCCCUCAGGGACCAAUCAAAGUAUGAAUCUUGAUAGAUGAUUACCAUAUAAAACA